GCACAAAGAUAAAAUGCCUUCUCAAAAGUCAUUCAUCACCAAGGUUAAGCUCGGCAAGGCCAAAAAGCAGAACCGCCCUUUGCCUCACUGGUUCCGUCUUAAGACAGACACCAAGAUUCGUUGGAAUGCCAAGAGACGUAACUGGCGUCAUACCAAAUUGAACAUUUAAUUGUUUAUAUUCAUUAAAAGCGAAUUAUGUAUAUUCUCCAUGUAUACGACAUUCUACUACAAUUAGACUAUUACUUCUACACACACAUACACCUAUACACACUCACCUACAAAAGCACACAUACACAUAUUCAUAUAUACAUACAUUUAUAUAUAUGCAACGACAUGUCUUUUACUUUCUCUAUAUAUAUACAUUGCCAGUGCUUUAUAUAUAUAUAUAUCACAAACAAUUUAUUAUAAAGUAUUAAUGGCCAAACGUAUUUUCACCAGAAUAGCUAGAGA